AUGGAGAUUGUACUGCCAUUGAGUGUACCAGUAAGAAAACGUUCUGAAUGCUCAAAAGACUUUUUUUUGAACUCACAAGCAGAUACAAGAACAAUGCAGACUCAACAGAAUACUAUCAAAAGGAUGCCAGACAAUCAGCGUAUGAUUGGAGACAUACAUGGUUUGUACUCGCACAUCCUAGGUGAUCCUCAAGUGAAUGUCGACAAGGCUAUCAAUACGUUUUUGAAGGAAUUUGAAACAAAAAAGCGGACAUCACUCACAGAGAAUCAUCAAAGGAUAGCCUCUAUGCUCAAACAAUCAUCAGGAAAUAUCGCGCAGGCAAAGGAAUUAUUCGAUACAGACCUUAAUUGUACGAAGCAGAAAGCAAGGACGACCCUUGAAAGGCUUCAGGCUCUAAGCCAGUCCAUAAAAGAGGGCGCACAGAAAAAAGAUAGGAGUAUUAGCGCGACACAACGGGCAAAAGAAGCAUUUCAAAAGGAUAUCGAUGAAGCAAAAGAGGCAUUUGAUCAGGAAAUGGCUUUACGACAUGCGGAUGUCGUGAAGCAAUAUGUUGGCACCUUUGUACAGCAGAUCGAUCAUUUCUAAAAAAAAAAAAAAGGAUUCCCAACAGCUGUCUUUCUAGGAUGAGCAUUUGCAAGGAAACACCCUUCUCGACAUAACAUGUUGCACGUCCGUUGUACGACGGUCCAUAUCGCACCAGAAUACAAUAUCCAUGAUUACAGCAUUAACAACAGUAGCAGCACUAUAACCGCUGUUAUUAUAUUUGAUCCAACUGCAUCUUUUUUUUAUUGUUAUUGUUAUUAUUUACUUUAUUCCUUUCGAGAAACGACCCUGUGCUUAGUGGACGCCAGGGCCAUGGCUCUUGGCCUUCUUUUUGAGCUCUUCUUCCUUUUGCUUCUGCUCCCGUUGUAGCUUAGCAUGGUCGACUUUCCCUUCAGCAAGGUCGUUGAGAUAUUGAAUCUUGAGUUUGUCCAUGUCUGCUUGCGUUGUCCUGCACAAUGUCGAUUUAAAAGGAUAGGUCCCCGAUUAUGAAACAAAAA